CACGAGCUUGAAUAAAAAAGGAGAAGAACUACAACAACAACUGCAGCCCCAGAGAGUAGUUGAGAAUUGAAUGGAAAAAGCAGCGUUGAUGAAAGCAAUCGGGUGAGAAAUCGGUUUAAGGCGACAGACUGACAGCGAGAGAGAGAGAGGGACGGAGGGGCAGUCGGACAGGCUGUCUUUUAAAUCGAAUAGCAAAAUGUGCAAGGGCAGCAGUCCCAGUGCAAAUGCAACGCUCACAAACUUAUUAGCAAAAUGCAGAAAGUCAACAAAUGCUCCCAGCGGCGGCAGCAUCGACGCUAGCAAUUGUCAGCCGAGGCGCCUGCAAGUGUCAGAGGGAGAGACAGAGCCACAUAAGCAAAGAGUAGAGCACCAAAACAUGCAGCACCAGCAGGAGCAGCACCAGCAGCACCAGCAGGAGGAACAUAAUCAGCGGCAACAUCAACAACGUCAGGAACAAGGACAUCAAAUAAAGCAAAUGGCAACAAGGACAAUUGCUGAGGACAAGGAACAUGAGCAGGAACACGAAUUCGGACGAGACCGAAAACAGCGUCGCCCAAAUUGCAAUAAUGUUGCCAAAGUGCAGCAGCGGCAGCAGCAGCAGCAGCAGCAGUCGAGACAGCAAUUCAAGCAACAUCAGCUUGGUUGCUCCUCGCUUGUCCUGUGGUUAAUGCUGGCCACGACUGCAGCAGCAGCGGCAACAACAACAACAACACCAACAACAACACUAACAACGACAACUAGCAAACCAGCAGCAACAUCUCCAACAACAACAGCAACAAUUGCCCAGCGAGCAGCCCGCUCGCUGAGCAGCGGUCACAGCAGUCUGAGCAGCGGCGUCGGCAGCGGCAUCGGCAAGAGCAGCGCACGUGAGCUGCACUAUGAGCUGAACAGCGGCGCAGCAGCGGCAGCAGCAGCAGCAGCAGCAGCAGCGGGCAACGGUGGUGCAGGCGGUGGUGCAGCGGGCAUCGAGUGCCCCAGCUUCGACGAUAGCUCCGCCUGUCCCUGCUACAAGUUUGAAGAUGGUCUCUUUCUGGAGUGCCCCGGGACGACGGCGCUGUCGCUGCGCUCGACGCUGGAGCGCAUCUCGGCGCCGAUACACUCGCUCUCCAUCUACGACUUUGAUCGGUCGGUGACAUCGCUCUCGCAGGACGUCAUCCAGCCGGGCGUCCACAUACGCCAUUUGCAGUUCUCGCACUCGCACCUGGAGGCGCUCAAGGAGAACAGUUUGCGCAAUGUGCGCGGCAGCCUCGAGUCGCUCAGCAUUGUCAAUGGCAAACUAACGCAGGUAAGCGGCUGA